UAAAGUCAAAACAGUCAAAAUACAGAAUGACAUAACCACUGUGCAGUGCGCGAGGCGGGGUGUUUUUAAAUUAAAAAAUACUUUUAAUAUCUAAAUGUGGCAUUAAUUUUGAGACAAUUUACAAUCAAUUCAGUGAUCAUGUCGUACGCUUUAAUUCGCCAUUUGCGCCGUACGGCGUUAUUAACGCAGCAAAUCCGUGUUGAAUCCACUAUGACGAGCUUGACUCCGGAAGACAUCGUAUUUCGGCCUCCUCUCGCGCAAUGGGGCAAAGUUAUCAGAGAGGCAGAGAAGAUAGUUGGGUAUCCAACCUCUUUCAUGAACCUGAGAUGGUUACUGAGCGACGAAUUCGCCAAUUUGGCCAUGCAUUUGCGGACAGUUGUUGGCAUGAACCAUCCGAUAGUAAAGACAGCGAAAAUGCUCCUACACAACGAACACAACAACCUGCAACCCUGGGGCCUCGUCAUCCUACUCCUGUCUAAAGCGGUCAACCCACCAACGUCACUCCUCACCAGCACCGUCACCCAAAACCAGAGAAUACUUGCCGAAUUAACCGAAAUGAUCCGAACAGGACAUUACGUACAUCGAGGACUGUUAAACAUAUCACCGAGUGACCGAAACAAGAACUCAGACACAGCAAUGUUUGCAAACAAAAUAGCCAUCUUAAUUGGAGAUUAUUUACUAGUAACUGCAAACGGUAUGCUCGCUAGAUUAAAGAACCAAGACCUUUCAUACUUAAUAUCAACUGCACUUCGAGAUAUCAGCGAAGGGGAGUUCUACGGACAUAGAGACGCACAAAACAUGCCUAUACCGGGUAAACCAAUAGAAAACAACAGAGACGUUUACGAUAUCAACAGUGAUACACUACCGUUAGAAGUGAAAGAUGUGUUAGGGUCACCGGUAAGAGAGUGGACAUUACGGUCUAUGUAUAACGGAGGGACUUUGUUCGGUCGAGGCUGUCAGGGAGCGUUGUUACUAGGCUCCCAUGACAACGAGAAGCAAGAAAUUGCAUACAAAUUCGGCUGCCAUCUAUGUUUAGCAUGGCAAGCUGCUACGGAAGUACAAAAAAUCACAUCUGACAAAGAGUCAUUUUCCUUAGUCAGUGCACCUGUGUUGUUCGCACUAAACGAAAAGCCACAUUUACACGAAUUAGUUGCUAAUGUUCAGAAUAUUACUGAUGUAGAUUUAGAGACUUUAAAAGAGGAAGUUUUGAAGACCGAUGCGGUUGAGCGGUCAAGGUUAUUGUAUACCGAACAUGCAGAUAAAGCCAAGUCUUACGCGGAAACAUUCGGUGAAUGUGAGUCAAUAGAUACUAUAAAACAGAUGAUUUAUACAUUGUAGUAACUUGUUUGUAGUUAUACAAAUAAUUUUGAUUUAUUUAGUCAAAAGUAGGUUAAAUGUUAUUUUUAACUGACAUUAGAGAAAUUCAGUCAGUAGUUAGAAUUAUGAAAGCGGCCUACAAAUUAUGAAGGUUACCUGCUUUGUUUGUUAAAUUAUUUAAAACAUUACGUUUUUGUACUUUUGGGGGUUUUAGGUGCUGGAUUUUUUGUUUUUUGAUAGUAUUUUUGAUAUUUGUUUUGUUUGUAAACCAAAAUCAUGUAAAAUAUUAAAUUUGUUAAUUAGGUU